UCAUUACUUAUCCUGACAAACAAAUGGAGCAUUCAGCCAUUGUAGACAGGCUAUUGGACUGAGAUUUUUGCUAUUGUUCAAAAUAAAAUAAAAAACAACAACAUAGUGUGUUUUUCAGCAUAAUAGAUAUCAUAAAGUUAAAUCUCCAGUAAAUUCUCAUCAGUGUAAAGUCUUUAUGUAAAGCGUGCUUUCCCCCCUUCGUCUCAUAUAAUAAAAUCUGGUUCAGAGUGAUGCUCAGGAAAACGGAUUGCUGAAGAACACUUUACGGAUCAUCUAUAUUCACUCCACUCUGCAUCAGUAUGAAGAGGGCACUUACACUCUUUCUGUUCCCGCUAUUUGCGAGCGGUGUGUUUGGUGAGUCAGUGUCAGUGAUGGAGGGAGAUUCUGUCACGCUACACACUGACGCUGAACUUCAGGGAGAUGAAGAGAUUGUGUGGAGGUUUAACAUGACUCGCAUAGCUAAAGUUAUUAGGAACAAUGCUACGUAUGAUGCUGUUGUGAGAUUCAGAGACAGACUGCAGCUGGACAAUCAGACUGGAGAUCUCAAGAUCAAAAAAUUCAGAGUCCCACACUCUGGACUUUAUAAGUUUGAGAUCACCAGCCCCAGAGUGUCCUCAGACAAGACAUUCAGUGUCAGUGCUGUGAGUGGUACUGGAGUGAAGCCAGUGUCAGUGAUGGUGGGAGAUUCAGUCACUCUACACAUUAAUGUUCCUGAUAUACAGAGAUAUGAUGUGAUACUAUGGAGGUUUGGACAGCAGAAAUCUCCUCUGGCUGAAAUCAACAGAAAGGCUGGAAUAUUCAACACAUCUGAUGGUCCUGAUGGGAGAUUCAGACACAGAUUACUGCUGGACAGUCAGACUGGAUCUCUGACCAUUGAGAGCAUUGGAACCAAACACUCUGGACUUUAUGAAGUUGAUAUCAGCAACAGCAGCAGUAGAUACACCACACACAAGACAUUUAAUCUGACUGUCAGCGAUGCAGUGAAGCCAGUGUUAGUGAAGAAGGGAUAUUCUGUUACUCUGCAGAUUAAUGUUACUGAAAUACAAAAAGAUGAUCAGAUACUGUGGAUGUUUGAAGACAUUGUCAUAGCUGAAAUCGAUGAAGCAGCCAAACUAUUUUACAUAUAUGAUGGUCCUGAUGGGAGAUUCAGAGACAGACUGAAGCUGGACAAUCAGACUGGAUCUCUGACCAUCACAAACACCUGCACCACUGGACUUUAUGAACAGAAGAUCAGCAGCAGAAGACACGCCAUAAAGAGGAGAUUCACUGUCAUUGUCACUGCUGUUUCAGGUUCAGGUCUGUCUGCAGCUGCUGUAACAGGGAUUGGUGUUGUUGAUCUUCUGCUGGUGUCGGCAGCUGGAGUUUUAGUUGCUCUUGUGAUUCACUAUCGCCGCAAGAUUUCUGAACUAGAAAGACGUUCGGAACGUCGUCAGCCCCUCUUACCAAGAUUAAGAAACACUAUAAGAGACUGGAAGACCCCCAGAAGAGAGCGAUGACCUGUAUUUUAUUGAUGAUUAAGUGAUUAAAUUUCCCAAAUCAAGUGAAAUGGAACAGCAGUAGUUUAUAUACUAUAACACAUCAAGAGUGUGUAAAGUCAAGCCAUUUGUGCUUUUGUGAUAUAAAACUAAUGAGUGAAGACUUUUAUUUAUUGAUUACUGGUCUUGAGGGACUAAUCGCAGGUUAAUUUAUGAAUUUCUGUCAUAACUCUCAGAGGAUUUGACAUGGUAAUAUACAUGGCAGUGCUAAUGUGUUUGGUCUUGGUGGAAUAGAUCUGCUGCUGCGGCAGAGCAGGUACCAAGACUUGCUACUGCCAAUACAUCCACAGACACACUGCUGUGAGCAUGUAAGAAAUACUGCUGCAGCUGCACAUGUAACAUAUAUGAAUAACCCCCAUAGCUUACAUGAAACACCCAGUAGCAGACCUAUACAGGUGGAGCUGGGGAAGGAGGAGGGUUUCUGAAGAGCGCUGCUGCAGCCACAGCAAGCACUAGUCAUGUAUUUGAAUGUUGAUACAGAAAAGAACCAAUCAGCUGGCCAUGUGAUAACGAUGUCAUUAUAUCAGAUUGAGUUAGACCUAUCAGAUUGUGCCAUGUAGAGUUUCAUGACAGAGUUAUGGCUAUAUGAUUUUAUUAUUGUUUUUCUGAAGACUGCAGGGCUAUGAAACUCCAUGUUCAUACAGGACUUACAGAUGAUCUUACUGUCCAAACAUUUCAUUCCUUUUAAAUAAGCUUUUAUUUGUUUAUAAACUACUGUCAAUAACAGGAAACAUCACAGUAUUUUCAGUUCAGAUUUUCUGUACUAUGAAAAUUUAAUUUUGUGUGUGAUUAAUUCUGUUGUGCAUUUGUUAACGGAUUUAGAGAAUCCACUUGUUGUUUGGAGGAGACUGUUAAUGCUCUAUUAAUUUAUGUUUGUGACUAAUGUGUGAAAGUGAAUUAUAAACAACAUUUAAGGC